AUGGAUGACUUGCUCCAAGUUCAAUCGAUCCAUGACCUUAGAAAGUUUUCUAGGGGAAAGCAGGAAGCAUCAGACCUAAACAAUUUGUGGGAGAAAACGGUACUUCUCAUCAGGGCUUCUCAGGAAGAUGGCAUGAACAAGCCUUUGGAAGAAAUCAACAUUCUCGGCACACUCAUUGAGAAACGUAUGUCUAAUCUUUGUAUUUGGAUGGCUCUACGAUUGCUGCCAUCUUCAUGUCUUUCCCAUCGAGAUAGUCAAGGAAGGAUGCCACUGCACUUGGCUGUUCUCAGCCACAAACAGGAUUACUACUGGCAUAACUGGAGCGGUCUCCCGGCUUGUACCAGAGCUGUUAUGGAUGAAUCAACAGUUUUUGAUAUGUUGAUUAGCGCCUAUCCUGACUCUGCCACUGAACCCGACAGUAACGGCUCUCUGCCUCUUCCUCUGCUGCUACGGGAAUGCAAUCGUUCUUUUGCUGGUCUAACCACGAAGGGUAAGGAGUUUAUGAUGAGAUCUGUUCAGGCUGUUGCCAAACAUGCGCCCCAAGUCUUGACCCUACCAAACCGAGACGACAAUAUGCUCCCUUUUAUGUUGGCCGCUCGUUCUAGUCUUGAUCUGACAUUUGCCAUUCUCAUUGAGCAUCCAUCAGUUUUGGCUUGUGGAACCAAGAAGGCCACUGACCGUGAAAUCUGGCUUACCCGAAAGUUCAGCAAAGCCCAGACUCAGAUUCAAAAGCUUGAGGAUGAGAACCGGCAACUCAGAGCUUUGUUGGCUCAGCAGAAGCAACAAGAACCCGCCCCGCCCCUUCCACCGCGAGUAGCCCCUAUCAAAAUCUACAAUCUACCUUCGCUGCAAUUCCCUACUCCAAAACGCCGCAAUGAUAUGGUUGCUGCCAGUGACGAGGAUGCUCAGGUCUGCAGCGAUCGCCCUUCAAAAGCUCGCCGUCUCGAACCUGGCUACUAG